AUGAUUCUUGAAGCUGGAAAUCAAGCUUAUGAACGUGAUGGCUCACUCCUUCAGGAUCCAAGUAUCUACUCUGACAUUCUAGAGAAACUUGCAGAAGCAAUCUACCACAACCAGGCCUAUCCCAGUGCUCUUCAACAACUCGAAGUUGUAGAAGCUCUACUAAACAAACACCCAUGCUUGAGGGAGCCUGGAACCUCAUAUUCAGGCACAUAUGGGUGGCAGAAUCGUCUCAAAAUGAAGAUGGCCAAUUUCCGAAGCAAACCGAAAAGGCGCAAUGUCCCUUGUCCCGAGCUUCACAUCAACUCCUUGAAAAGGAAGGCCCCUGGCGAGAGAUAUCCUGCAAAAAAAUGCAAGAAACCAAAGAGAGCCAAGGUGAACUUCCUUCCCCCACAUCCAAGUGGAGAAAGCAACGACAGUCUGGAGAGGGACAGACAGGAGCUCCUUAACGAGGUUAAGAAGAAGGACAACGCUAAAAUAAUUAAAGAAAAAAUGGCCAACACAUUUUCCUAUCGAAGACUCGAGGUUGUGAGUGAUAGUCCUGCUGCUGCUGACUUAAAAGAGAGAUGGCCUGCUUUGUUUUGUGAAGCUGAGAUCAAGGAGGAAUUCAGGAGAAUAACUACCAUUCCCCUGGAGCGAACCUUCAUGCACAAACUGGAUGAACACACACCAAAAGUUAUUACCCUGAUGAAGGCCAAGGGAGGUGCCGUGGGGAUCAAGAUGAGGCCGCUCCUGGACAGACUGAGUCAGAAACAGAGCAUUGAGAUGAGACGUGAAAGCAUUAUCCGCAGCCUUAUACUGUACCUUGGCGAGAAGGAAGAGGAACUUUUUGAAGACUGCUUGGAGGACAGCCGGAGUGAUGUUAGUAACCACAUCCUCAAAAUACUCGUCGUCCACGGUGCUGAUGAGGAUCCAGUCGAUGUCUCCAUCCUUGUCGAAGGCCAUGAGAUUUUGCCAGGGUGCAACAGUACUGCGAAAGCUUGCUCACUGCUCAUGGGACUGAUUUAUGCCCUGAACUUGGCAUACCCUCCCACUUUGCGCUACACUUUUGAAGUCUUCCAAAAACUCUUGCUGGAGCUGGAUGGAUUCAAACUGUCCCCAAAAGUAAACACCUUGAAGUUGAAGUUGCUUUCCUAAAUGCAUGUCAUGACUUUGUCAUCCUAGAGGAGGAAAAUGACAUCAUUCAUGGACCCUUGUUGAGGACGUAGCAUCAUGCAUCGACUCUUGUGAAGA